GUGUCCAAACGCAGAAAAAAACUCCUGCUGAAGCGACUGAUCUCCACACUGUUAUAAAGAUGGCGUUUAUUAAAGAGGAGAGUGAAGAUGUGAAGAUUGAAGAAACAUUCACAGUCAAACAGGAAGAUCUGCAGGAACAAACAGACCUAAUUGAAGGGAGUAAAGAGGAGGAACAUCAUGUCAAAAUUGAGGAAAAAACUCAUUUACAGACUGAUGGUAUUUUGAAAAGGAGAGACAAGAAUCGUUUCACCUGCACUCAGUGUGGAAAGAGUUUGGCAAGCAAAAGCAAACUUAAGAUUCACUUGAUGAACCACACUGGAGAGAAACCAUUCACAUGCACUCAGUGUGGGAGGAGUUUCAGCCAAUCAUCAUCCCUUAAUCAACACAUGAGGAUCCACACUGGAGAGAAACCAUUUACUUGCACUCAGUGUGGGAAGAGUUUUAACUGCUCAUCACACCUUAAUCAACACAUGAGGGUCCACACUGGAGAGAAACCAUUCGCAUGCACUCUGUGUGGGAAGAGUUUUAACAGCUCAUCACACCUUCAUCAACACAUGAGUAUCCACACUGGAGAGAAACCAUUCGCAUGCACUCUGUGUGGGAAGAGUUUUAACAGCUCAUCACACCUUCAUCAACACAUGAGUAUCCACACUGGAGAGAAACCAUUCACAUGCACUCAGUGUGGGAAGAGUUUUAACUGCUUAUCACACCUUAAUAAACACAUGAGGAUCCACACUGGAGAAAAACCAUUCACAUGCACUCAGUGUGGGAAGAGUUUCAGCCAAUCAUCACACCUUAAUCAACACAUGAUAAUCCACACUGGAGAGAAACCAUUCACCUGCACUCAGUGUGGAAAGAGUUUGGCAAGCAAAAGCAAACUUAAGAUUCACAUGAUGAUCCACACUGGAGAGAAACCAUUCACAUGCACCCAGUGUGGGAAGAGUUUCAGCCAAUCAUCAUCCCUUAAUCAACACAUGAAGAUCCACACUGGAGAGAAACCAUUCACAUGUACUCAGUGUGGGAAGAGUUUCAGCAAAUCAUCACACCUUAAUCAACACAAGAUGAUCCACACCGGAGAGAAACCAUUCACAUGCCCUCAGUGUGGGAAGAGUUUCAGCAAAUCAUCACACCUUAAUCAACACAUGAUGAUCCACACUGGAGAGAAACCAUUCAAAUGCACUCAUUGUGGGAAGAGUUUCAUCCACUCAUCACACCUUAAUCACCACAUGAUGAUCCACACUGGAGAGAAACCAUUCACAUGCAACCAGUGUGGGAAGAGUUUCAGCCAAUUAUCAUCCCUUAAUAAACACAUGAGGAUCCACACUGGAGAGAAACCCUUCACAUGCAACCAGUGUGGGAAGAGUUUCAGCCAACCAUCAUCCCUUAAUCAACACAUGAUGAUUCACACCGGAGAGAAACCAUUCACAUGUACUCAGUGUGGGAAGAGUUUCAGCAAAUCAUCACACCUUAAUCAACACAUAAUGAUCCACACUGGAGAGAAACCAUUCACAUGCCCUCAGUGUGGGAAAAGUUUCAGAAAAUCAUCACACCUUAAUCAACACAUGAUGAUCCACACUGGAGAGAAACCAUUCACAUGCACUCAUUGUGGGAAGAGUUUCAUCCACUCAUCACACCUUAAUCAACACAUGAUGAUCCACACUGGAGAGAAACCAUUCACAUGCAACCAGUGUGGGAAGAGUUUCAGCCAAUUAUCAUCCCUUAAUAAACACAUGAUGAUCCACACUGGAGAGAAACCAUUCACAUGCAACCAGUGUGGGAAGAGUUUCAGCUUAUCAUCAACGCUUUAUAGACACAUGAUGAUCCACACCAGAGAAAAACCAUUCACCUGCACUCAGUGUGGGAAGAGUUUCAGCCAAUCAUCAUACCUUAAUAAACACACAAAGAUCCACACUGGUAUGAGAGAGUAUAUGUGCUUGGACUGUGAGAAGACUUUUAUUACAGCUGCAGAAUUGAAACGGCACAAGAGGAUUCACACUGGAGAGUAACCCUAGACAUGAUCAGUGUGUAUAGAGUUUCACUCAUUUGGGGCAGCUUAAGAAACAAAUAGGAUGGUUUCCGGUAUGGCGUCAACACAUGUAGCAGCAUAGAAACAGCGCUCCUAUACACCAUCCUCCUUUUUACAUCAUAUAUGAUAACCUAAACCAUAUUUAAAUAACAUGGAGGGGGACAAAACAACCAUUGAAACCUGAAAAAAAUGAGAAAUCAACUGAUGAAAAAUCAGAGAUGGACGAGAUAGCUGAUAGCCUGUCAGCUAGCAUUGCAGCAAUACAUACGGUCAUCAAAGCUUUCCAGAUGGAUAUUAAAUACGAUUUAACCGCCUUCCAAGAUUCUCUCGCCAAUACAUGUGAAAAUGGAACUAAGUACCUUUAAACAAGAAGUCAAAUCAAAAACUGGAUGGCCUUAUCACGGACCUAAAUGCAACGGCAGGUCAAAGAAUUGGAGAAGCGAGUUGGAGAAUUGGAGGAGAACGAGAUGAAAGAAAUGCUUGAUCAAACCAUCCAAAUUCAAGAAAAUUUGCAAGAGAAACUGUUAGAUCUAGAAUCACGUAGAAAUAAUAUUCGGAUAUUUGGAAUCCCGUAAGGAAGCGAGGAGAAUAAUAUCCAAGACUUGGUGGAAAGAUUAUCAAAAUGGAGCUGUCACUCGACUAAUUGGACCUUUAAAAUCCAAAGGUGUUACCGGGCACUCGGACCAAAACCACCUGCUGACGCCACCCUAGAUCAGUGGUGGUAUUCUUCCUGGAAUACAAAACGAAGAAACUGGUCCUCCGCAUGGAGAAAGAAAGUAAUACACUAGAACGAAAAAAGGAUUUUUUUUACCAAGACUACCCACCUGAGAUCCAACAGAAAAGACGGGGUUUUGCUCCUUUAAGAAAAAUUCUGAAAGAAAAGGGGAUUAAGUUCCAAACACCACCGCCAGCGAAACGUAGAAUCUUUCUGGAAAACGGGCCGGUCAUUUACAAUUCAUGACGGAAGCAUCAAGAGAUCUGAAAGAAAAAGGACAGAUAAACAGCGAAGAAGAAACUAUUGUAGGGAUCUCUAGGAAAGUGAAACAAAGACCUUGGCAAAAGGAGUGACAUGGAAGAAAAGUAAGGAAAAACAUCAAGUGAAGAUCUGGGAAAAACUACGUGAAUUUCAAAGGGACAACACUAGCUCCAUUUGAAAGAAGGGUAAAACCUGACAGAUCCUAACAAAGAAUUCUGAGAGACUGGUAAAACUUCUUGACUUAAUUCACCGAUGAUGGACAUUUAAAUCGUUUGAAGGAAGAAUGGUAUUUAACCGAACUGACCAACGACACAAGCUGAAUGAUUAGAGCACACCAAGACUCAAGUCAUUGAGUAACAUACUGGUAGGAAAACAUAAAGGGAUUCUAAUUUAUACAACUAAAAUCCCUUGCUAUAAUUAGUAGAAAUAUUUAACUUGAAAACCUAGCCAGAAAUACAAGAAUAUAAUAAUGCCAGAUAUGGGCGCUGAAUAUAUUCGUUAACAUUUUUUGUGCGAUAGGCACAGCAAGGAAGGGGCCCUUUAGAGAAGGAUGGCUUUCCCUUCACAUUAAGAAGUUAUUUUAAGACUUCAAGGUUUGGAGACCUUUUUCAUAAUGUUUUUUUAUGUGGUUCAAGAUAUUCAUGUUUGUGUUUUUCUUGUUCUGGUCACCGUGAUCUUCGCAAUAACAUCUGAUUAUAGUAUAUGCAAAAACAGGAAUAUAGAGUAAUUACUUUGAAUAUUAAUGGGUUACUAAAUCCAAUUAAAAGAAGCAAACUAGUGGCUAAAAUGAAAAGAGAAAAGCAACAGAUAAUCUGCUGGCAAGAGACACAUCUUUCUGAUACAGAACAUAAGAAAGUAGAAAAAAUGGGAUCUUCUUUUCCUCAUAUAAUAAUGGUCGUAAACGAGAAGUAAUGACAUUAAUCUCAAAUAAAAUCAACUUGAAUUUUUAAGAUUACUGAUAAAGAAGAACGAUAUAACCUAAUAAAAGGAACUAUCGACCAAAUCGAAGGUACUUUAAUUAAUAUAUAUAAACCACCUGAAAAAGACAAAGCAGUUUUCUCAAAAAACUAUUUACUAUUAUAGCCAAGGAGACCUCGGGUACGCUGAUCUGUGGGGGAGACUGGAAUGUACAACUUCAUUCUAAAUUGGACUCAUCUUCUAAUAAGUAAAUUAGUAAAGAAACUAGACAAAUAAGAUUCAUGAUGAAAGAAUUAGGCUUAAUAGAUGUAUGGAGAGACAUAUACCCUCCUAAAAAAAGAAUAUACUUCCACCCACAUGUCUCAUUCUAGAAUUGAUUAUUUUUUUAUGUUUAGGUCAGAUCAACAUAAAAUAAAAGACUGUAAAAUAGGAACAAGAGACAUCUCAGAUCAUGCAGGGGUAUAUUUAACAGUGUACCUGACCUUGACAAUAAACCCAAAAAGACAUUUUGUCGAUUUAACCCUAAUCAUUUAAAUGAUUUAACAUGUAUAGAAUAUGUUAAAAAAGAACUAUUAGAAUAUUUAAAACAUAAUGAUAAUGGAGCGGUGCCGAACAGCAUUUUCUAUUGUUUACAUCUUUGCUACAAUACCGUUAAGGCUAGACACUGUACAUGUCAUGAUACAUUUUAACAAAUAAAAACUCACAGGCUACAGCUUCUGCUUGUUGGAGCUACUCCUUCUUUGAAGAGAUUUUAACUGAAUCUAGCACUGAACUGGGAGAGAUUCUGGAAGCUGUGUUUUGUCAAAUCAUGCUUGCUAUGUAUUUUAUAAUUCUCUGGAACAUAAUUAAUAUUGAACUGUAAGCACUUCUGUCUUUGUGUCGUGUCAUUUGGAAGCUCAAAUACAGAAACAGAAGAAGCUCUGUGGAAAUAGCAGCAUUUAAACGGCAUUUCAGCUUUCUCUGCAGUAACAUUACAGUGCCUCUGGCUACGCCCCUUAGCUGCGCAGUGUGUGUGCGCUGUAAAAGUAUGUUUGUGAUCUCACCGGCUCGGAAGUAUUUU